AUGGCCACUGUUCACAACGACGACGACAACAAUAACGGCAACAUCGACGGUGACCUCAUCAACAUAGAGAAUGAACCAACCAACAUCAACAACACUCAUGUAGACAUAGAGACAGAGGUCCAAACAACGGAACGCAGUGGAGACACUGUCGCCCCAGAAACUACCCUCACCUCACCAAUCGCCAUUGUAGCCUCACCCACUUCAACGUUUACGACAGAAGCUGCUGCAGAACCAACAGUCGGAGGAAACGCGAUCUCGUUCUCAUCCCCGCCAGUGGGGCGGUCCCUCGCAGAAUCUUAUCCUACGCGCCGUCUGCACGAGUUUGGAUCCUCCCCUACCCGAUCGCUUGUCCAUGUCCUUGAGACUGUCGGUACUGCAAGGUCUCAGGACGAUCAGUGGGUAACCAAUGCCUCAGCUGCGACGACAAGCACAUCAGGAGUGCAUUUCCAGCCACAGCGGGGUGGGCCCUUCUCGCACCAGCAGUACAGACGAGCAGGAUCGGGAUCGGGAUCGAAUGCAUGGAUGGCGACGAGCAUGCCUGAGAGUCGGCUUAGUGAGUUUGAGGUUGUGUAUGAUGAUGGUGUGCGCAAGCAAAGAACCUUCAGUCUAACGACUGAGCUAGACGAAGAGUAA